AUGGCAGCACAGUCGGAGAUCAAUUAUGAAUCCGUGACGGAUUUCUACACCAACAGCGAUGUGUUUAUAACGGGCGGGACGGGUUUCGUUGGGAAAGUGUUGAUCGAAAAACUGCUACGAUCCUGUCCGGACAUUGGGCGCAUUUUUGUUCUGAUGCGCGGCAAGCGUGGUAAAUCGAUUGAGGCCCGGGUGGACGAACUCGUCAGUUGCCAUUUGUUCGAUCGUCUGCGGAAGGAAAAUGGUUCUGCACUGGGCAAGGUGGUCCCAGUGUUCGGUGAUAUUACCCAGCCUCGACUGGGCAUGUACACGGAGGACAUCGAGCGGCUCAGUGGGGUCACGGUGGCGUUCCAUUUGGCAGCCAGUGUGCGUUUCGACGACCCGCUCCAGGAUGCCAUCAAAAACAACAUCUGCUCGACGUACGAGCUGUUCGAGAUGCUCAAAUCGACGGCCACAGCACUACGUGCCGUGGUGCACGUUUCGACGGCUUACAGCAAUCCCGAAAAUCAGUACGUCGAGGAAAAGCUCUACCCACCGAAGUACGAUUGGCGGACGCUCGUACAAGCCGUGGACCGGUAUGAACCGCAAACGCUCGAUGCCCUCAUGAAGAAGCUUUCUCAGAACUCUCCAAACACCUACACUUACACCAAGGGACUAGCGGAGCAAGUCUGUAACGACUAUCGGAGCGAAAUUCCGCUGGCCAUCGUGCGGCCAUCGGUGGUCCUGUUUACCAUCCAGGAACCGAUGGUCGGAUGGGUGGACAACUUCAAUGGACCGACGGGAAUGAUGGUCAGUGCCGGGUUGGGCAUCACCCGGACAGCAUACCUGCCGCCAAAGAAUCGCAUCAACGGCAUUCCGGUGGAUGUUGUAGCGAAAACUAUCAUUCUUGCGGCCUGGAAACGGGGCACCAUCGACCAGCAGAUCAGCACCAGUCCGCUGCCCGUCUAUAACAGUGCGGUAACGUACGAGCAGUCCAUGGAGUACAAGGAAAUGCUGGACCGAGGCAAGGAGUACCUGUACGAAGUACCCUUCAGUCGCAUGUUGUGGGUUCCUGGCGGAGCUCCAACGGACUGGCUAAUUAUAUACUACCUAAAACUAUUUUUGACCAUGGUUCUACCGGCAUUUUUAUUAGAUCUAGUAAUAAAAGCCGCAGGGCAGAAACCUUUCUUAAUGAAACUGCAAUCCAAAAUUCACGGAUCGGAAGUCGUGUUACGAUAUUUCGUCCGAAAUGAGUGGGAGUUUGAUACGAAGCAGACAAACAAUUUAAUCGACAUUCUUGAUGCGAAGGACCGGAAAACCUUUGGAUGGUACAUGCCAAAGUCGCUAACGGGGACAUACUUGGAGAGUGCAUACAUCCCCAUCAGACGCUACCUAAUGAAAGACUCCGACGAGACGAUUCCCUACGCCAAACGAAAGCUAGCACGUCUGAUACUUGCCGAACGUAUCAUUCAACUUAUUGUGUGCGGCCUAAUGGUCGUAGGCAUUUGGAGGACAGCAUAUUCUGGAAGUUUGUAGUGCUGAAAUAAACAUUACGAGACG